UUUCAGCGCCUUAGGAUGCCACUUAUUCCAUUUGUUUUCUGAAAGCAUUUGAAAAUAUACCUUUGUAACAUUAUCAUAAUUAUGAAAGUACCUUUAUGUGAAAUAUACACUACAAUGCACAAUGCAUUUAUACUAAUACUAGCUGUGCCCCGCGGUUUUACCCGUAUUCCUCCGCUCCUGUUGGUCUUAGCGUGAUGAAAUAUAGCCUUUAGGUCCAGUUUCACCCAGCUGUGUUUGUUAAAUCUUAAAUAGUCAUUUACUAAUGAUUUGUUAAUAAUUAAAGGGCUGUUAUAUCAUUAAAUGUCCCAGGAACAAAAAUUAACAAGCCGUUAUUAAACUGAACAUUUAACUGAAUGACUUAUAAGUUACUCACUCUUAUUUUAAGCAACCAAAUUGAAAUGCUUAUUUGUGACAUGUCAUUUAGACGGAGUUGGGUAAUAUUUUAUUUAGUCGUAUAAUACGUUAUUUGUUGUGCUACGCGACCAAUUUCAAACGUCCUUAGGUCCGAGUGAUUUCAAUGAAAUGGUAACUACUUUUGAUUUAAACCGAUUGAAACGUCAAAUAAUCAUAACAUGGUAGUAUUAUUUUGAGUUGAGGUUAUGUAACAUUUGUGCUUUUUGAUUGUGUUUGUGGUUGGUUUAUUGUGCUUCUUAAUGAAUAUAAAUAACUAGGAUGUCAAAGAAAACACGCGGACCGAAUUUUUCGUCAAAUGAAAAGGAAAUCCUUGUUCAUUUAGUUACAAAAUACAAGGAUCUAGUUGAAAAUAAGAAAACGGACGCAGUAACCACUGCGAUCAAAAAUGAAGGAUGGAAGAAACUAGCGGAAGAAUUUAACUGUUUGAGUUCAUUCUAUGUCCGAACCGUAGAUCAAUUAAAAACCUGUUGGGACAAUAUAAAACGCACUACGCGGAAAGACAAAGCUGCGACGAAAAAAAAUAAUUUAUUAACCGGAGGAGGGAGGUCCGAUAUUCCACCACCAGGACCUCUACAAGGACAAGUGGAAGUGCUACUUGGACCUACAUUAGACGGAUUAGAAAAUGCCUACGACUCUGAUAUUCAGUUUAUAGAACAGGGACUAACUGGAUCAAAAACUUUAAUAGAAAUGAUUAAUAAAUCAGAUGUUGUAGUGACUGAUUCAGAAAAACAGACAAUUCUGGAUGUCAAUGCUGCUACUUCUUCACAAACAUCUCAGGAUUCCACUCAAGAAGAUAAAGGUUGUACAUUUCAGACAAAUGAAAUCAGAGAUGACAAUAUUUCAACUGAGGAGGAAAUAGAAAAGAAUAACUGGAGCUCCUGGACUCCAAAAGUUUUAAAAACAAAAACGUCAAAUACAUUGUCAGCAAAUAAAGAAAACAAUCCAUCAACUUGGUUGCAUCGACGUAGGCCGAAGACUUCUUUGCAGGAUAAAGUCCUGCAAAGUAAAUUAGAAUUAAUAGAGACGAUGAAAAGAACUACCCAAACAGACGCUGCUCUUAAAGAAUUAAUUUUACAAGAACAGCUAAAACAAGAAAAAUUGAAAACUGAAAAGUUACAACUUGAAGUUGAAACAUUAAAAAAAAACCUUGAUUAAUUAAGAGACAGCUUAGUUUUUCAAAUUUUGUAUUAAAUUAAAGUAUUUUAGCUGUACAAAGAUUAUAAGUAAAUAAAUAAUA